CGGUAAGCUUUUAAGCAUGAUAAGUAAAACGUGGUAUUGAACAUGUUUGUGACCUUUCUAGCAAUGCAACAUUGAAGACUCUUCAGGGGAUCCAUAGUGUCUGUUGCACGAGCAUACCUAUAUGAUAAGAACUGACGUACAUGGAUCAAUUUGUCCAGCACAACUUUGAAAAAUGUAUUGCAUAUGUUCGAAAACAGUCAAUUAAGUUUAGUGUUAUGUUAUCUCAUGCAUUCGAUUGAAUGUUGUAUGAUAAACGGAAUCGCUACCAAAUCAGAUCGCAAUGUUUACAGGAGCAGGGCUAUUUAUUGGACGACAGAACUUUCUCUUCAGUCACUUCUUGUGCAACCAAUUUAUAGUGUCCAAGGUGUUCACCAUAUCCUCAAAGAUGGGAAGAAUUCUGUGUGGUUUGGUUUUACUUGUCCUGGUCCACUGUUCUCUAGGACAGAAGGACCCUAAUGAAAUGUGUAUUGGUGUACCAAAUCGCAGUUUUCUCAAAGAUUUCCGUCGUUGUGAAAAUUACUUUGUGUGUGUCAAUGGUGUAUCUCAUUCUGAUGCAUGUCCAGAUCCUUUCUUCUUUAACGAAGCCAAGCAAGCCUGUGACCAUCAACGCAAUGUCGAAUGCAAGAACUGUCCAUCAGAUAAGGAAAUGACUAUGACUAAUCCUGAAUCUAAAACUUGUGAUUCCUUUGUGAGAUGCAGGAACGGUGAAAGGGAGCUAGUUAGAUGUCCAGUUGGAUUUAUAUACGACGAAUUCCGAGGACGUUGCAAUCUUGUCACAAUGGCUGAAUGUGGAGCAGAACUUUGCACAACUGACAUGAAUCCAAGCAGAUUUGUUUUUGUACCUAGCAAAUUUGAUUGCCGACGGUACUUCAUCUGCCAUCAAGGAAAUGCUAUGGCACGCGAAUGUCCUACAGGGCUUAAAUUCAAUCCUGCAAUUAAUGGCUGUGACUUUGAUACCAACGUAAUUUGCACUCCAAGUGGACCUGUGCCCAUCCCUAAUCCUCUGCCCGAGAUCAUCAGCGUAGACUGUCCAGUAACAGGAAUGGCCUUCCGACCACAUCCAACAAAUUGCCGUCAAGCCUUUCUCUGUGUCAAUGGCGAUGCACAACUUAUCUCCUGUUCUGAAGGACUAGCUUGGGACCGCGACCAAAAUGUCUGCGUACCAAUGCAUCAAACAUCCUGUGUUUGAUAGACUUGUAAAAAUGGUCAUGUAGUUUUCCGACAUUAAAAUCCGUCAUUUAUCAAGAUUAAAUGCCUGACUAACCAAUAAAGAGAUUAAUAAAAAGAUUUAAAAUCCAA